AGAGAGAAGAAAGAAGAGGGGAAAGAGGAGAUGUGACGGGAAGAGAAUAAAUGAACGGAGCAGUGAGUGAACGAGCAAAUGACUAGACGGACAAAUAAAUGAAGAGAGGAAUGACUAAAAGAACGAACAGACGAGAUGGCGGCCGUCCUCAAUGGCAUCACGCGGCUCUUCCUGCCUGUCAUGGGCGCCCUCUCGGGGGACGGGGCCUGCUCAGGCCUGGCCCCCUGGUACUUCCUGGUCGGCCUUCGUCUUGUCACCCUCUUCUUCGCCCAUGGGCCCUGGGACAGCGUCCAGACUGACCUGGUGUGUAAUUGGACGACGGAGCCGACCGGGACCCAGGUCUUCUGCACUGCCCUGUGCUACAGCCAGCGCUUCCCUGUGCCCCUCACCAGCAUCUGGGCCUUGGCCUUCAUCGCCUCCCUCUUCACCAUCGGCUUCAUGCAGCUGGUGAAGACCUGGGGCAUCCCGCCCCAGAACAAGGAAGAGGGCAAUGCCACCAGUACGGCCACCACAGCCACCACAGCAACUGCUGAGCCCUUGCUAAGGCGCCGGUCCAAGAUGACCACCGGCGGAGUGGGGGUGAUGGACAAUGGGACAUGGGUGUAUAAGGGGAAUGAUGCCCGAUAUGAGCUAUUGGGGGGAUCCAAGAUGGCCGCUGGCACCCAUGGAGCCAAAGAGAGGGAGGUGGAGCAUGAACUGAAGGGCAUGGGCAAGAUGGCAGACAGGGUGGUGGAGACCAAGAUGACCAACCCUGUGGCGUUGGAGAUGGAUGACAUGGCCGCCACACCUGAUGCCAAGAUGGCCGUCUGGCCUUCUGGGGAGGCCAACGCCCUGCUUCUUGAACUGGCCGAGAGCUCCUUGGCCAAUGAUGACCCGCUCCUUCCUCCAGCCAACAUGGCUGCUGGCCUCAAUGGCCCCAAAAUGGCCACUAAGGCCCCUUGGGGCACCUCUGAGCUUGCUGCCAGUUCCCACCGGGCUCCUCACAAUAUGGCCACCGGGUCCUCUGUCUCACUCAGCAUGGCUGCCAGUACUUCCUGGCAGGCACCCAACAUGACCGCCAAUCCCCACAGGGUGGUACCCAACAUGGCCACCAAUGCAUCUGUUGCCACGCCCAACAUGGCCAUCAACCCUCUCAGGGGCCUACCCCACAUGGCCACCAACCCCUCCACUGCCAUGCUGUACAUGGCCAAUGGCCCUUCCAACAUGGCUCCCCACCACAAUAUGGCCACCCACCCAUACUUGGCAGGCCAUGCCCCACACAUCAUGGUUGCUGGUGCCCACCGGGCCCUGCCUGCCGUGGACACCAGCCCCCACCGAGCCUUACUCCGCAUGGCUGCUGGCCACCCGCUUGUCUACCACAACAUGGCUGGUCACCCCCCCCCAGCCGCCCUCAACAUAGCUGCCCCCGCGCCUGCUCCGUGUCAGCCUGACAACAUGGCCACCGCCCUGACCCCGCCUCCAGGCACCGGGCCAACGCUGGGCUCGGGCCUGGUGGGGAUGCAGUGCUGGCGGCCUGCUGCCUUUGGACUCAUUGUGGGCUUGGUCCUGGGGGCUGAGGUGGCCUUCGUGUGGGCCCUGGUGGCCCUCCAGUUGCCCCCCCUGGGGGGGCCAGGGCUGUUCACCUGCUACCCCGGUGCCCCCAACUGCCCCCCAGUGCUGGCCUGUGCCCUCGCUGGCCGUCCCGACAAGCUCUUAGCGCUGAGUCCCCUCGUGGUCACUGCCUGCGUCAACAUGACUGCCUGCCUUACCUAUGGCCUGCUCCGCGUGCCUGCCCCCUGCUGCCGGGACAGGGGGGCAGAUGAGGGGGUCACCAGGGGGCAGCCGGGGGGCAACGAGGCCAGAGAGGAUGCGGAAGGGGGCUGCGGGGCACUUAUGGUGGGCAGUGGGGGGCAGAUGGGUGACUGUGAGGGGCAUUUGGGAGGAUGUGAGGGACAUUUAGGAGGUCACGGGGCAGUUUUGGAUGGGGGCAGGGGGCAGAUAGGAUGUGAGGACUACGUAGGGGGCCAUGGGAAUGUUUUUGGGGCUGGUGCGGGGCAUAUAUGCAACUGUGAGGGGCAUUUGGGAGGGUGUAAGGAGUAUUUAGGGUGCCAUGGGGCAGUUCUGGGUUGUGGUGGGGGGCAGAAAGGAAGCUGUGAGGGGCAUUUGGGAGGCUGCAAGGGGUAUUUAGGAGGCCACAGGGCAGUUCUGGGGGGUGGCAGGGGGCAGAUAGGGUGUGAUGGGUACAUAGGGGGUCAUGGGGAUGCUUUGGGUGGUGGUAGUGGGCAGACAGGAGGGUGUGAGGGGUACAUAGGAGGCCACAGGGCAGUUCUGGGGUGCAGCGGGGAGCAAAUAGAAGGAUGUAAGGGGCAUUUGGGAGGGUGUAAUGGGCAGAUAUGGGGCAGUGGGGCAGUUCUGGGGGGCAGCAGGGGACAGACUGGAGGGUCUUUGGGGCACAUAGGGGGCAGCAGAGAGCAAUUAGGAGGGUUGAAGGGGCACCUAGGGGGCAGCGGGGCAGCUCUUGGGGGCAGCCAGGGGCAGAUAGAGGGAGUGGGAGGGGGACGCAGGGCACUGGGUGUGAGCAGCAGGCUCCCAGUUACCCAGGUAUCUGGGGAGAGGGUGUGUGUGGAGGGGGUGGAGCCAGAGAGGCGAAUAAAUUAAUAUUUAUGCAAAUAUCUUGGGCCUACUUUUCAUUCCUCUAAUGGAGCUGGGUGGGGGGAACAGGGCAUCUUCAAGAGACCCAUCCAAGAUGGCUGCGAGAAAUGACCAAAGAGAUGGGUCUAAGAUUCAUAGAUUCAUAGAUGUUAGGGC